CGCUUGCUGAGCGGGUGUGUGGAGGUGCUUUAUAAUAAACUGCAUGAAGCUUGUCAGCUUCUUAAGCAUUCAGACAGACAGACAGACAGACAGCAGACUUGUGGUGGGUUUUUUUUUUCACUGCUUCAACAUGUCCUCAGACAUUACCACAGACUUGGAGCUCGAGCUGGGCGAGCUGCUGCAGGAGUUCCAGGAUGUGGUGGAGGAGCUGAAAGCUCCUUCUCAAAGCAGACCUAAUGCGUACAAGCACGUCCUGCAGGAGGCCAAAGGUCGCACAGGGCUCGGGGACGACAGCGGGGUCGAGGACUCGGAUUACAGCAGCGAAGCUUCUUUGGGAAACAGUUUAAACGCCAGCCAGGAGGAGCUUCACACAGCAGGCAUAACGCUGGCACCGAAAGCCAAGCUCGGAGACACAAGCGAACUUGAGAAUUUUAUCAACAUGUUGGACCAGGAACUUGCGGAAAUGUGAACAGGGAGAGAAAGUGAGCCACGUAGAUGAGGGUGGGAGGGGAGGGGGAAACAAGCCAGGGGCGACAUGGCUGGCUACUGCCAAGCAGACAGGCAGAUCCACACUAGAGCAGAUCUGAGGGAGCAAAAUGCUCCCCUGGCUGCUCCGGGGGAAAAGGUUAACAUCAGAAAUUAAAAGGGCACUCCAUUCCAAAAUGCAAGAACACCCUCAGACCCCUGGCGACGCCGCGUCCACCACGGCAAGACGACGUCCCUGCAGCAUCAGAUGUGUGACAUAUUCUCUGGAAGUAGAUGAAGCUUCCAUCUGUCUGGGAAGAGAAAGAAAAAGCUGCCGAGGAGUACAGGAAGCAUAUUUAAUGCCACAUUUAAAAUUCCCACGAGUGCUAUUCCAGUAAAGGGCCCUAAAUCCUCAGCGCUGUAUUUUUUUUUUUUUUCAAGGAGGCUGAUCUUUGUUUAGUUCAGAAUUACAAAUGGCACUUUGAUGCUAAACUAAUUUCAAGUCCACGGGGUUCAGAUCUGCUGUGUAAUGUCAAAUGUCAUUUAUGUGCCGAUGUUUCAAGUGUACAGUUCUUGUUAAUAUUGUUUUUUUUUUUAAAUGUAAAUUGUUGUACAGAUGAAUGCACAUAUAAAUAAAGCAAACUUUUGAUGGAAUGUCACAACGUA